CUUUUUUUUCCUUUCGAUAUAGACCAACCAUUAAGAGAUAGAUAGAUCGAUGGCGCCGAUUCCUUGUUUGAAGGGUUGUGGCUUCUUCGGCGAUCCAGAACAGCGCAAUCUUUGUUCCCAGUGCUACAAAGAUGAGAUCCUUGCGUCAGUGAGAGCAUCAAUCCAAGAUCAAAUCAAUCGUGAGAUGGCGAUGAUGAAUCUGAAAGCAGAACCACUGGUACCAUUGCCGCCGAUUAAGACGAAGAUAGUGACGAAGACCACGAAGCGGUGUGAAUCUUGCAAGAAAAAGAUAGGGUUGACGGGUUUCAUCUGCAAGUGCGGCGGUGAGUUUUGCUCGACUCAUCGGCUGCCGGAGGUGCAUCAUUGUUCUUUUGAUUUCAAGGGUUUUGGUAGGAAAGCCAUUGCCAAGGAUAAUCCAGUAGUCAAGGCUGAUAAAGUUUAUAAGAUUUGAGAGUACUUUUCAUGGGAUUUGUAAUAAUUCAUAAUUCCUUAAUUUCUUUUUCUUCUUCAACGCGUGUGUUGUGAUUGAGAGUGACUCUGUAUAUAAUUUUAAAG